ACAACCGUAGAAACAUAAACGCGAGUAGUAUUGCAUUAAGGAAGCUUCGUGCAAUACAGAACAUCCUCAACCGUGAACAAGCAUUCUACUUAUUGCUGUUUUGUCUCUUCGUCUGCUGAGAAUAAGUGUUGUAAAAUUGAGAGAGAUCUGGCUGAUGGGGAAUAUGGAAAUGAGAGUCAUAAAAAGGCUCUUUUUUCUGCUGGCUGUCGUGUCUUUAGGAGAAGCAGAUGUAUACCCUAUUUAUCCCAAGAAUGAACAAUCCCAGAUUUCCUCAGUAGUUGAACAAGACAUCCAGAGAAUUGGCAGGAAAUUUCAAGCAGCUGUAAAGACUACUGUAUUUAAAGUGGAAGGCAAUGUUUUUCCAGAUGGGAUUUACUACAUGAUUGCAUAUAUUGGUAGUCCCCCCAAGGAAUAUUAUUUAGAUAUAGACACUGGCAGUGACUUAACAUGGCUUCAGUGUGAUGCCCCCUGCCGAAGUUGUGGCAAGACACCCCAUCAAUGGUACAAACCACGAUCACGCUCAGGGGUAUCAUGCACGCAUCCUCUGUGUGAACCUGUGCAGAAAGCGAGUCAUAAAAAAUAUGAAUGUAAGAGUUCUUCGGAGCAGUGUGAUUAUGAUAUUAGAUAUGCUGAUAAAGGGUCCUCGUUGGGAAUUCUUAUUAGGGACAGCUUCACGGUAAGACUCACCAAUGGCACCAUCGUCAGGACUGAUUCUGUAUUUGGGUGUGGAUAUCACCAAUAUGGGUCUUUGGAAGGGAAGCAAGCUACAGAUGGUGUUUUGGGUCUGAGCAGUGGAAUAGCAAGCCUUCCAUCUCAAUGGGAAAAGCAAGGCCUCAUCAAGAAUGUCAUAGGUCUCUGUAUUGCUGGAGGAGGGAAAAGGGGGGGAUAUAUGUUCUUUGGUGAUGAUCAUGUUCCUACCUCGUCCAUGACCUGGGUUCCUCUGCUUCGCGGGCCAAAAUUGAGAUACUACCAUGUGGGACCUGCACAAAUGAUCUAUGGCGGAAAACCUCUUGCAAAGGACGGUGAUGAAAAAAGUCUAGGAGGCAUAAUAUUCGACAGUGGCAGCACAUAUACAUACUUCACAAAAAAAGCUUAUGGCGCUCUUGUCUCUGCAAUCAAAGAAAGCUUAGGAGAUCAAUUGGUACAAGAUUCAUCAGAUAUAACCCUGCCAGUCUGUUGGCGAGGGGAAAAGCGAUUCAGAUCCAUUGCAGAUGUAACAUUAUACUUCAAACCAUUAACAUUCAACUUCGAAGAAGCAAAUCUCGAAAUCACUCCUGAGGGCUAUUUGAUAAUCAAUACUAAAGGCAAUGUCUGUUUAGGGAUACUUGAUGGCACCGAUAUUAGUCCCUACAAUGUCAUUGGAGACAUAUCUUUGCAGGGUUAUCUUGUGGUUCAUGACAAUGUCAACCACCAGAUUGGCUGGACUCGCAGGGCUUGCAUGAAGUUUUCCAAGUCUGGCCGGCUGCAGGCUUUAGAAGAUCCCCAACAAUUACCGGCUCAAGAUCUUGGGAGUGGCGUUUGCCCUCGCACAUACUACUUUGUUCCAGACACCUGGCAAAGGGCACAAAUAAUUGCCAGUGAUGAACAAGAGCUUUAACUAGUGUAAAGAAUGCAACUGAAACAACCAAAUAGAUGGGACAUUUAAGGAAACCCAAGAGCCUAUAGAAAGCAAGUUAUAGACAUUUGAGACUGCCUCGAAUGUAAAGAGUUUUAUUCGUAGUGGAUGCUGAUUGAAUCUAUGGAUCUUUAUACAUCAAAUGUGGCCAUUGUUAACCCUGUGGAUUUGGUUGGUUGUAACAGGUCAGGCCGCCGGGUGCAGGCUUUAGAAGAUCCCCAACAAUUACCGGCUCAAGAUCUUGGGAAUGGUGUUUGCCCUUACACUUUCUACUUUGUACACCUGGCAAAGGGCACAAAUAAUUGCCAUUGUGGUCAACUAUACUGAAUGGCAGCAGCAGGAGAAUGGAACUAUUUCAUAAUAGUCCAUAAUUUCUUGCUGAGCUUCCUUAUUAGCUGGUUAUUUUUUAUGAUCUAUAUAUGUUUGAAAGCCUUGACUAAGAUAAAGUUUAUUCUCCUUCAUGAAGCUGCAAAAACUGAUGUUUGAUCGCAUCUAAGUGUCUGCUGUAUCUACCACCAUCUCCUUGACCAAUAUUCAGCUGUGAACAUGGAGGGUUGAAGCUAAUAAUUUCUAUAAAUGACUUUUUGAGUUA